AUGGAUGAUAAAGCAGAGAAGAGCAUCGUCCCACCUCAAACCACCCCUAGCAAUGGCUAUGGACAGACUGUCCCGGUACAAGAUGAAGGUGAUAACGUAGUAGCGAGGUUGGAAGAAAUGGGAUACAAACAAGAAUUGAAAAGGAAUUUGGGAAUGAUAUCUGUCUUGGGAUUAAGUUUUGCAAUUAUGGCUGUACCAUUCGGUACUUCCACUACGUUGAACAUUGCUUUGACUGAUGGUGGACCGGUCACUAUCCUCUAUGGAUGGAUUUUCGUGUCGCUAGUUUCACUGGCUAUCGCUGCUAGUUUAGCGGAAAUAUGUUCGGUAUUUCCAACCUCUGGUGGUGUAUAUUACUGGUCAGCGAUGUUGUCUACACCUAAGUACAGUGCUUUUGCAAGUUAUCUCACAGGAUGGCUAGGAACUGUAGGAAAUUGGACUGUAACAGCCUCGAUCACUUUUGGAGGGUCUCAACUUAUCUUAGCUGCUGCUACGUUAUAUCAUGAAGAUUACGUCCCAACCGCUUGGCAGACCUGUUUAGUCUAUUGGGGAGCUCUGUUAGGAUCUCUGUUAAUCAAUAUAUUCUGUACAAAAUAUCUGGAUAAGCUAAACACGAUAUGCUUGUAUUGGACGGGAGCGUCAGUAAUAAUCAUCGUGACAUUGUUGAGUAUGGCAGAUAAUCGCAAUUCUGGCAAAUUCGCUUUCUCUCAUUUCGACGCAUCGCCCUCGGGCUGGCCAGCUGCUUGGGCGUGGUUCGUCGGUUUGCUACAAGCUGCGUAUACUCUUACCGGAUACGGAAUGGUAGCUGCGUUAUGCGAAGAGGUCAAAGAACCUGCUCAUCAAGUCCCUCGAGCGAUGGGUAAGUCUUCGGUGGGAAAGAGCGAGCUGACAUGUGCAGUCCUCUCGGUCGCUGCUGCAGCGGUCACUGGUUUAGUCUACCUCCUCCCAAUCAACUUCGUCUUACCGGACAUUACACCUCUACUGGAAGUAGCGAGUCUGCAACCAAUGCCAUUACUUUAUAAGAUUGUCACGGGUAGUUCCGGAGCAGCUCUGGGGUUACUUUUCCUCAUUCUGGGUAUUUGGGUCUUCGCCACGAUCGGUUCUCUGACAGCUGCAUCAAGAUGUACAUGGGCGUUUUCCCGUGAUGGUGGUAUACCAGGAUCGGGAUGGUGGAAAGUUGUCAAUCCCCAUUUCGGCAUUCCCAUCAAUUCCCUCAUACUUUCCACCGUUGUUUGUGCUUUGUUGGGUUUGAUUUAUCUGGGAAGUAGUGCUGCUUUCAAUGCUUUUACUGGAGUGGCAACUAUCUGUUUGGGAUGCUCUUACGCUUUCCCCGUACUUUGUUCUUUAGUCAGAGGCAGAAAGAUGGUUAGGAACGCGCCGUAUUCAUUGGGUAAAUUUGGAUUUAUCAUCAACCUUAUCACAGUAGUCUGGAUCACUUUCUCAAUCAUUCUCUUCUGUAUGCCUACCGCCGUACCUGUCACUGAUCCAGCCUCGAUGAACUACGCCAGUGUCGUGUUCGCUGGAUUCUCCACGAUCGCAGCCGUAUGGUACGCUAUCAACGCUAGGAAACAUUAUCACGGGCCUACAUUUUCCGCUGUCAGGGUGGACGGUCCUCGAUAG